AGAGUAGAACUGCUUGUUAUUCGGAUGAUUAGACAUUUAGUGCUACGCCUAUGUUUUCUGGAGAUCAGACGACUCAGUGUGUCGUACCGUGCGUGGUGCUGUGACGUCACACGCAACGCCUGCCUCUCAGGUCAGGUGCUUCUGCUCCGUCGCUUCGCUAGCUUGCUUGCGCGCCUCAGCUCAGCCAGUCCGUGCAAAACUCCUGUCUUUGGUCGGUGACUGCUCCUCGGAGCGAAACGUUCCUGUCGGUUAUCCAACCUAAACACGGUCGUCAAAAGUUAGAAGAGAAAUCACACCGCAGUCCUCUGCCACGGCUUGUGAAGAGGUUUCGCAGACAGUGGAUGGGGCAGCAGAUCUACCAGUACUGUGAGGUAACCAGAGACGAAUUUAAGAAAGAACCCAAUCUUUGCGGCCGGCAAAGAACUGCUGAUUCCUAUGACGCUGCUGUCGCCGCUCUGUCUAAGGAGAGCAGAGACGUCAAAGGAAUAAAACUGAGAUGUCCAAAUUAUUUCUACACUCUGCCAUCACGGAGGUCUUGCCUGACCUGCCAGAUGCGACAAGGGAGAUCUUGGAGGAAACUCUCCAAUCUCUAGGGGUGGAGACCCCUGAUGACUUCCAGUUUUUGAAAGAAGAUGAUUUGUUGUCAGCCUUGAGGCCCAUACAAGCCAGGAAGCUGGUUGCUGCAUGGAGUCUGAAAUGUCCGGCCCAAGAAAGUGGUUGCCUUACUGCCUCACCAGGACCUUCCCAAUCCAUGAUGUCUCUGUCGCCAACGUCGUCGUCAUCGUCCAGCAGCUGUCAGAGCCCAAGUGGCAGUUUGCCAGAGUCAUUCACAAUACCUUGGGAACAGUUCCCAGAGGCUUUGACACAGGCUUUGGAGAGGGAAAAGCGUCCAAAUCCAAGUCUGAGGAAAGAGAUGGUGAGAAUUGUGGUCCGCGAAAUGAUGAAAGUAACCACGUCUUUAAGCAAGAAGAAUGCUACUGAUGUGGCUAGGAAAUUGGUGGCUAAAUACCCCAAGUCACUUCAAGAUGUGAUUGAGGGCGACGUAAUUGGCACAGGUUAUGGCUCCCUCGUGAAACAAAUUCAAAAUCGGAUCGAAAAUGUGAAAAGACCUACAACACCAAAAAUUAAAAAAAGAAAAUCACAUGACUCUGACACUGACGAAGUCCCACCUGAAAAACGUGCAGCGAUUCAGGACACCUAUGGGUGCGUCCGUUGGCAUGUCAAGUUUAUGCCCCUUGGGGAAACGGCCGAAACCCAGCAGCAGAAGAAAAACGAGCUUAAAAAUCUGUUCAGCCAGAGCACAGGUCCUUUGAAAAUGCUGAUGAAGUCCACAUUCUACAGCCAGCGACAAGACGUGAACCAAGGGAAAGACAUGAAGUACCUCCAGGAAAACUGGCCAUAUUGGUUUCAUGACAUUGGCAUGAAUGUUCACUUUAAGGAGCUCACUGGAGUUGACCUGAAGGAAAGCUUCUUGAAAAAUGUGGAACAGAAGGGGGAAAGGCUCUUGCACUUCAUGAAGACAGUUGCUGUCAACAAAUCCAAAAGAUUCUACCAAGCUGCAACAAAGCUACAGAUUAUGAUGGGAGAACAGGCAGUUAGCACACAGGUCACAGAGAUGGUGCUGCUUCUUCUGGCUUAUUUUGACGAGAGAGAUGAUGUGAUGUUCCAUUACGUGGAGGAUACUUGCCUGGCUGAAGAAGUGGUCAUGGACCGAGUUCCCUUGACUCCAACGAUUGUUGUAUGUGGACAAUCCUGCUUUUCCGCCAGAAGGAUGAUGCUUAGUGUGGAUCACGUCAUCGUUAACGACAACAUCUCUUCCUUCAUCACGUCUUUGUGCAUGAUGUUUGGCUCUUACUACUGUUUCAACAUCCAUUAUCCCUCAGCACUUGCUUCAACCCUGGAGUUUCUACAGAGAUGUUUCUUCUCUAUAAAUCCAGAGAGGGGGACCAAAGUGGAGCGAACCAGUGCUACGCGCUUGCAUGUAAAUGCCAGAGUCCUGACGUUGAUUCAGGACCUCUCAGACCACGAAUGGCGAUCCAUUUAAAAAGGUGUCCUUUGAGUGGCCACAGCAGUUGAUGUUUCCCCAGAUGUUCUUCAGGGUGUGUUUAUAGAUGUUCCAGCCCAUGAUAUGCGAGCCAUUUAAAAAGGUGUCCUUUGAGUGGCCACAGCAGUUGAUGUUUCCCCAGAUGUUCUUCAGGGUGUUUUUAUAGAUGUUUCAGCCCAUGAUUGGCGAGCCAUUUAUAAAGGUAUUCCUUUGAGUGACCACAGCACUCAUAACUCUACUGUUUUCAAAAAUAAACU